AAGUUAGUAACAAUAUGAGAAUAAGUGUAUAUAAAAUGAAGAUGAUGAUGUUAGUUACCUCUCAUGGGUUAUUUAUAGGGGGACAUAGAUGUGUUGUAUCCUUCGUAAUCCAUUGUGAAACGGAGGAAGAUAUCUCCUGCUUUGUAGGAGUUAUCGUCCCUAAGAUGAUCAUGUAUAACCGAAGGCAAAAUCUCCAACUCCAUGGGAGCUAUAAGCCACGUAGCCACAGUGACAAGCUUGACUUGGGCCUGCUUCUUAGUCAUAAUCCUGGGCAGUUAAGGGUAUCCAAAUAUCCCCUCCAACUUAAUUGGUUAUUGUUGUUUUAUAAAAGAUAUUAGUGACACUGUAAAAUAUAACAAUGUUUGGAACCUUUGUUAGAAGUGGAAAACAUUAAAACAUUGAAGGUUUCCUACACCUUCAAGGAAUCGGGGGUAUUGUAUUUUGCAUUCCAAACUAUAUAUCAAAUUGACAUUUUUCUUGAAUACUACAGGAAAAAAGAUACUUUACACUCUCAAUUAAAACCAAUGAUCAAGAUUAUGCCACGUCACCUAUUUUUUUUCGCAUCUAUCUUCACUUUAAGAAGUGGAUAUAUAGAGUAAAAAAUGUAAGGUUUUUUAGAAUGAUUAUAGUAGUUUGGAUUUUGAAGAGCAAAACUUCUUACAAUUUUGAGUGUGCAAAGUAUAUCUUUUGCAACUAGCAAUCAAUUGACACAAUAUUACAACUUUGGUGGAGGUCGUGGAUAUGUCCAAUCGCUUACAGGCCAUGCUUUCUCUAGUAUUGUACUUUCUUUUGCUUAACAUACUUAUUUAAUUUUGUGUUGGGAUGUCUUCUUAAUCGUUUGCUUGCGUAGGGUGUUGAUGAGCUGGCGGCAUGGAUCGUGGGUGAGCGUGCCGAACUAGAGAAUGAGGUCAAGAAGCGGUGGAAAUUUGGAUACUACGCCAAGAAGGAGAUGACUAGACUCAAGAAUGAAAAGAUUGAAAUGGAGUGCUGCUUGGAUCAGGUGGACGGGCACAUCCGUCACUUGGAGUUUGACCUUGAGUUCCUCCGAGAUGAGGUGUGUGAGGUCUGCGAUGAACUGCUUCGAGCUCAAAACAUCCAAUCACAGGAGGCUGUUAAGCGGCGUUCCCAGCUCAAGCAUUGGUCGCUUUGGAGGAGAAGCGUACAGGGCUUGCCUUUAAACUUUUAGAGGAGAAAGCGUCGCGCAUGGAGGAGCGUAGGCAGUUCAACAUCCAGUUAUCCAAGCUGAAAGGCGAUUAUGAAGGGCUGCGGUCUAGAUUUGAUGAUUAUAAAAAGGUGUGGGAGGAUACUUACGUUGCUCAAGACAGCAUAGCUUGGAGUUUGCACCAUGUGACUGCUACCGCUAAAGAGCAGAAGCAACAGUUGGGGGAGCUGGGAGUGCAGUUAGCUUCAGCUAACGAGGAGCUGGUUCGUUUGCGCCCUCAGGUAGCCACCGUGUCGUCUGUUAGAGAUUGUGCCUUCAGGUAUGACUACGAGGUUGGUAUGCUUCGCUUGAAGACCAACCUGAUGGCUAAUCCCCGCACCAAUCUUUCUAAACUUGAUUUGAAGCAAUUUGAGCCUAAUGAAGUGUCUUGCUGGUUUGUGGACACUUUGGAGCGCAAAGAGAUGCCUGACACAUUCCCUUGUCCCGUGCCCCCAGAAUGAAUCUUUCCUUUGUUUGUGAUGUAUGUAAGGCCCCUAUUUUGGGCGUGAUUUUUACACUUGAACACUUUAUUUCCUUUUGUGGGCCUUGAAUUGCCCUUACUUUUUCUAUUUCAUUUGUGGGCUCAUUCUAAACAAUUGCAUUGCUUUGUUACUUCA